CCCCGGCCGGCGGGGCUUGCCCGUAACAACCCUCCUCCCCGCCGCACCCAUCCCCCGGGCCCGCACUGGGCCGCGCCGGGCCGGGCCGGGGCAGGGCCGCCUCUCGGGCGCAGGCGGCUGGUUCCGCUACCUGGGCGUGGCGGGAUUGGCAACGUAAAGAGCGAUGACUUCAGGCGCGGGCUGCGCCGCCUCUAGGGAGGAACCCUAAGCGCAGCGACCCCCGUGGCUGAGGGUUGGGCUGAGCUUUACCUUAGCGAAGUCCUUUCCUGAGAUCUGUAUUAAUUAAAUGCCAAAAGUGCGUUGGGAGGGGGCAGAUUGGGAAAGGUGCCUGCCCGCUCUUCUCUAGCUCGGGAAUCGGGCUCUCCGGGCGUACAAGAACAGCCUUUAUCUAGUUCAGGGGUUCCCAGGCUGGGGGGUCGCGUCCCUUCAAGGGGUCGCCAGCUUAUUGCAUGUGGGGGGGUCACGAGCUGUCAGCCUCCACCCCAACCCAACCCAGCAUUUAUAAGGGUGUUAAAUAUAUUAAAGUGUUUUUAAUUUAUAAGGGGCAUCGCACUCGGAGGCUUACUAUGUGAAAGGGAUCACCAGUUUAAAAAAAAAAAAAAAAAGUUUCGGAACCACUGAUCUAGUUGAUGGCUGAACUAUCAGACUGAAUCGAGGCUCUAGGUGUUCUGCCCACGUUCAGAGUUGUAAAAUAGACACAUCACCUGGUAAGUCACUUGCAACUUGCAUUUCUCUCCCCAUUGAUGGUGAGAGUUGCAACAUCCAGUGGCAGCCACUCAAUUGGUAAUGCCUGUAUGCGGGCUGCAGCUAUAUUUCGUCCGGCUCACCUUGGUGAAGUGAAGAACGGUUUGGUAUGCAGAGAGCUACUUUUCAAUAUAAAGUGUACAAAAAAAAGAAAUAGUUGGAGAAGUGAGGACAGGAGUGGAAUCGUUCUCCCUUCUUUCGGUGCACACCUGGAGAAAGUUUGAACAUAUUGAAAAAGAUCAGUUGGAUUACAAAUUUCAUUCAACAGAAAAAUUAUCCGAAUGAAAAAUGAAGAGACAUCCGGAAUUCAUGUAGUGGAAUAACCAUAAAGGGAAAUGCUAUCAGAUGAACAAGAAAAAAUCUUAUCUUACAAUGGAGAACUCCUUAUUUUUCAGUUGUCAAAAGCAAAAUGUGCGGCUGAAAAAACAAGAGGAUUACGUGUCAACAGAAUGGCAUAUGACAAUGGCACUAAGCUGUUUGUUCAAAAAUCCUCAGGACUGUUUAGCAUGCAUGGUGGGAGCUUGAAUAUUGAAAUUGUUUGUUGCAGCUGUACAGCAGACUUCAGAACAGGAAUUAAUCUCCCCUGUAUUUUGAUGAGAGAGAAAAAAAAUAAUAGUGUUUUCAAAUACUUUUUAUUGUUGCUUCACAGCUCCAACAAAUUUGAACAGUGCUUAAAUUUUAAAUUGGACUAUGAAUUGAAAGAUGAUAUAAGGUUGCUUAAUGGUCCAACAGUAUUAUGGAGACAUGCUAAAAAACUCGUUUAUAUCUCUACGAAAACUUGCACAGUGCUAAGUGCUUCUGUUCCGUUUUCUUCCAUUGAAUGGGCAGAUGAGAUUGAGAAUGAAGGCAUUGUAGUAUUAGGGACAAGAACUGUUUGUUUGCCAGAAGAAAAAGAUGGGCAUAUACUUUCGAAAUCAGAUGGAGCCAUCUGGGGUAGUGAGUUUGUUGUAUAUGCAAUUGAAAAUCAGAAAAUAUUAACUGGCACCUGUUUUCUGCCUCAUGCCUAUAGCAGCGUGAUAUCUUGUGUGCAUGUCCACAGGACUGCAAUAUCAAGAAGCCAAUUCAGAACAUCAGCUGUUGCCAUCACCCACAAAAAACAGAUGAUUUGGUUCCAAGAUGGUCUUCCUAAAGAUAUCUGCCAACUUCCAUAUGAGGAGCCCUGUUCAAUACAAGUAGUGACAACAAGCAAAAAUGGCAUGCUGUAUGUUGUGUCAUUUGCUUCUGGAAAUGUCUGUGCUGUGCAGAAAGACAACUUUCAGGUUGCUUCCAGAUGGCAAGAAGUGAAAUCUGUUCUGGUAGAUGACUUUAUUGGCACUGGGACUGAACAAAUUUUAUUGCUUUUUAAGGACGAAUCUAAUACAGAUAGUUUAAGUACAUUCAUUAUAACAGAUUUUGGAGAGGUCAGCUAUGCAAGCAACAUCAAUUGUAAAGAGGAUUUUCCUCCUACGGAAGAACUACAAGAGAAUGGUUUUCUUACCAUCCAAGCUCUCGAAGCAAGGUUACAGGCUGGUUGCAGUUCUGUUCGGGAACUUCAGCAGCAUUUACGGCUCAAGGAGAAGGUUCUUUUUGAAUCUUGCUGCGCAUUAAUAGAUCUUGUCCAAGAGCGAGAGCAUAUCCUACCAACUGCAGAAGAGGAAGGUCUUGUUUCGCUCUGGGAUGAUACAGAAAAUCUUCUUCAUCCUCUUGAUAAAAAGAUGACAUUGACAUCUGAGGUCCCAGAACACCUCAUAGAGAAAUUAUGGCAACGUGUGGUGGAUGACAGUUUGGUAAUUGGAGUAAAAAUAACAGAAUCACCUAACCUGUCACUGAAUGAUGUCAGCUUAUCCCUGGUAAUGGAUCAUGACUUCACUUCAGUUUCUCCAGUUAUUGAGUGUCAGAGUAAAAUAGUUAAACUGAAUAAGACUUUCUCAGCAAUGUCUAUCUCCUCAUGCCAAAUGGAACCACAACCAAAAAGGAUAAAAUUGGACUUCCAUAGCAAGAAUGAUUUGAAAAAAGAGUACCUUGGAAGACCUUCUAAAAUUCCGUCAGAUGGGGCAAAGACAUUUGUUGUUGUUACCCGCCUUUCACCGCUGCUGGCAUUCCGUGAUAUAUGUUGUAUGAUACUACUACAUGCUAAGAUGAGAAAAUAUCAAAAUGGCAACCUGCCAGAAAGCAAAAAGCUGACUUUAUUAUGUGGGAAAAUUUCAUUAUGUUUGGAAGAUAUUUCAAGUGGAAAAUAUUCAGUAAACUUGCUAAGAAAUAAUAGUCAUACAGGCACCAUGGAAGAUAUAUUUGCUAUUCUUGCCGUAUCUCUCAAAUUCUCCUUUCAGAUAGUCUCAUCUGACUGCACGCUGACUCCGGUGAACAUGUGGCUACUGUCACAAAUGGAGUGUAUGCCAAUCAAAGAAUGCCCUGAAAAUAUGUUUUGUCAUAAAUUGGGAAGUCUGCAUGGCACUGUCUUUAACUGGAAUCUAAAAACUCCAUUUGAAGGAACUUUAACAUUGUUUUGCAGAAAUCAAACUGUCUUGUUCCAGUGCCUUCAUAGCCUCACUGGAAUUCUCCCACCAACCUGUAAAUUAAAACUCCUGAGGUUAGAAAGCAAGGACAUUCUUACUGACCAGUUUGCAAGAGCUUUGGAAAAGGAAAUGGUCACCCUUCGGAGUUCUUUCUCCUCUGCAGUAAGUGAAGUUGAAAACAACUUGACCUUGAGCUGUGAGGCAGGCAAGAAAAUAAGCAGGGUUACAGUGUCGUCUUUGUCUGACAAAAAGGAAGCAGUGCAACAGUUCAGAGAGAAGCUUCAAAACGAACAGAAGCAAAGUGCAUUGGGUAUGAACCGAACAGUGAGUGGUGCCCUUUACAGACAAAUUACUUUGAAAAUUGCUGAGGCUCAGCUGUGUUCUGAUAUGAUUGCAUGGAGACUGAAUGUUUUAUAAUGAUUCCUCUCUAAAUUUAUUUUGAGUACAAUUUAAUUUAAAUGACUCUAUAAAGCACUAUUUAUAUUUUGUUUUUACUUUCUAUAUGUAACUCCUUUUUAGAAGAUGGAGAAUAAAACUUUUUUCUACCA